ACUCAGCUGCCACGGUCUCGUCCCGUGCUUCUGAUAUAUUAUAAGCCAAGAUACAUAUCACGCCGGAAUUGGCCAAGAACCUCAGAGUCACUCCACCUGACCAUCACUUACGGGAUACUAACUCUGAAUAUUUCUUACCCGACGAAAUCCCAGUCGCCUUGCGUGAGGGGGAUAUAGAUGCACAAUCACGUCGCGGACUACCUUCAUGCACUCCACGCAAUCAUUUCUGCACUGACUUACGAUACUCCGACACGCAAUGAACCAACCUGGUAUCCAUACAGAGAGUGAUGAUGUUACACCUGUGCCAUCUCUCGUUGAGGAUAGUGAGAGCUCAAGUAUACAACAUGUGAAGGUCAAACGCGUCUCAUCAAAACCAGAUGGAAGUGACGACAAUGCGAACCAGCCGAUUGGUGAGGACUGCUAUGGUGGCCCUUCUCCGUUAGACGGUGGGAGUCGCGCUCUUCGACAAUCAAAUAAUCGCAGCAGCAGUAUCAAUGAGGAUCGCGGUACUGUCGAUACAUAUGAGAUACUGAAAAACGAGGAGAUGCCAGUCGAACACUUCAUGGCUACUGCCGACAAGAUUCGGGACUGUCCAAGGCCUAGCUCCUCUAGGCGCAAGUCUCCGUUUCGCUUUCCAGCCUGGCUCGUACAUCAAACCGGAAAAGACGAACGCGAAGAAAUGAUACAGGAGCCCACAGCAAGAGAUUCUGGGAAGCAUCCACCAUCAUCCAGGGUCACAGCUCACGAGACGAUCGAAGAUGAGCAUCCAAGACCUAUUGAGCCUGUGGCUACAGGAUCGGACAUGCGCUUCAAUGCAGUUGAGAGAUUGGACCACUGGGCUAUCUUACACGGGGUUCGCCCUUCCGUGAACACCAUCUUUCGAAGACUGUCGGGAAAUUCGCAACACAAGGAGCAAGCCGGAGCUUGCGAGACAGAAAGGUCUGGGAUCCACAGAGACGAAUCAAUGUCCCCGAAACGCUGUCAGAGCGUGCGGAGCAUGUUAGCAAGGAGGGACUCGGUGGGAGAAGAGCGAAAUUAGAUUGGACUCCGCCUACCCCAGCGUGGUAGCAGCUCUUUUACUCGAAGUUGAUGCUUGUCCUACACUUGUCCUACCGUGGCAUCACCGCUUGCUUUCCAU